GCAUUACGUCACUUAUCCUGCCAACAGGAGAGAGACAGCCGUGUCCAGCAGGAAUUUGGUCUUUGUUUUUUUUUUCCGUGCAGCUUUAAAUGAGGAAUUAGCGUUUUGCCCCGCUGAUGUUUUUUCAGAGUGGUAGUGUGGGAUGUACAGCUCCGCUGCUGCACAAUGAGAAGAUUGUAGAAAGAUCCCAAAUCUCGACGACGCUCUCAGGAGAGUCGAUGGAGGAAUCAGAGAAUAAUUGUUACUGUGCGGGUUGUGGAGGAAAAAUCCAAGACUCAUUCCAGAUGAAGGUCCUCCAGGAUACCUGGCACAACGCCUGCUUUCAAUGCUCGGUGUGCUGUGACAACCUGACCAACUGGUACUAUGAGAAGGAUGGCAAGCUGUACUGCCGGAAACACUACUUGGAGCAGUUUGGAGAACUCUGUCAUGGCUGUUCUCUGCUAAUGACAGGACCUGCCAUGGUGGCUGGAGAACACAAGUACCACCCCGAGUGUUUCGUGUGCCUGAGCUGCAAGGUGGUUAUUGAGGACAGGGAUACUUAUGCCUUAGUGGAGAGAUCCAAACUGUACUGUGGAAAGUGCUACAAGCAGGUGGUCCUCACCCCCAUGCUGGAGAAACGCUCACACGACUCAAUCUUGGACUCCUUGCCCCACACAGUGACGCUCAUCUCAAUGCCCUCUGCAGCCAACGGAAAGAGGGGCUUCUCUGUGUCCGUGCUGUCGGACGUGAACGGCUCGGCCAGCGUUCAAGUCACAGAUGUCAGAGGGAUACUUAUCAGUCCGGAGGUGCGAAGUGCUAUCCACGUUGGAGACAGGAUCCUGGAGAUCAAUGGCCUUCCUGUUGGAACGCUGAUGGAGAAAGAGGUGUACGAUCUUAUUCACCAAACCAGCCACACGCUGCAGCUGCUGAUAGAGUACGACCCAGUGAGGCAUCGUUUAGAUCGGCUCAGACUGGGAUCGCCCAGGAACGAGCUGGGGGUCCCUGCUACGUCCCGCAUGCGUCUGUCCUCACCAUCUGACACGGUCCUGGAGAGGACAGACGAGGUUGAUGAUGGCACGCUGAAAAGAAGAUCUUUAAAGCGAAGUAACAGCAUUUGCAAGUCUCCAAAUUGCUUAAAAGAAGCCCCAAUAAUCACGAAAGACAUUGGUCGCUCUGAAUCCCUGAGGUCCUCCAGCAGCUGUUCUCACCGCAUUUUCCGUCCAUGUGACCUAAUCCAUGGAGAAGUCUUAGGAAAGGGCUUUUUUGGACAGGCCAUCAAGGUGACACACAAAGCCACAGGGGAGGUGAUGGUGAUGAAGGAGCUGAUCCGCUGCGAUGAAGAGACGCAGAAAACCUUUCUAAAAGAGGUCAAAGUAAUGAGAAGCCUCGAUCAUCCACACGUACUGAAGUUCAUCGGUGUGCUGUACAAAGACAAGAGGCUGAAUCUCAUCACAGAGUUCAUUGAAGGAGGCACGCUAAAGGAUUUCAUCAGAGACAUGGAUCACUUUCCUUGGCAACAAAGAGUCAGCUUUGCAAACAGCAUCGCCUCCGGCAUGGCUUACCUUCAUUCCAUGAGUAUCAUCCACAGAGACCUCAACUCUCACAACUGCCUGGUUAAACUGGACAACACCGUAGUGGUGGCUGAUUUUGGACUGUCCCGACUGAUUGUAGAGGAGAAAGUAAAACCUCCCCCAGAGAAACCUUCAACCAAGAAAAGACUGCUAAGGCGCAGUGACCGAAAGAAGCGGUACACGGUUGUAGGAAACCCUUACUGGAUGGCUCCAGAAAUGCUAAAUGGUAAACGCUAUGAUGAAAAGGUGGAUAUUUUCUCAUAUGGGAUUGUUCUUUGUGAGAUUAUUGGAAAAGUGUACGCAGAUCCUGAGUGCCUACCCAGGACGCUGGACUUUGGUCUGAAUGUUGGCAAGUUUGUGGAGAAGUUUCUUCCUGAAGACUGUCCUCCAGCUUUCUUUCCCUUGGCUGUGGCCUGCUGUGACCUCACACCAGACAACCGUCCAUCGUUUCAAAAGCUGGAGGACUGGUUUAAAGCCCUCUCCCUCAACCAGGAGCUGGGAAUUCCCCUGCCAGCUGAACUGGAUGAACUCCAUCAGAAUCUGAGUCAACUCUACUGGCCUAAGGACCCAGUUCAAAGCUCAGAGCAGCCACCAACCCCAACAGCAGAAUCUACAGACUGCAAUAGCGUGACUGACAACAACUCCUAGGAUUUGUUCCUGUACGACGUGUAAUUCACUCUCUGUGAUGCCUCCUAAGUGCUGCACUAAUUUUGUGGUUGGGAAUGAGAGAGGAAUAAUGUUGAACCCGAGCCAUGCUAGAACUGGAUAACCUGAGAUGACUGGACCAGUCGUCCCUUGUUUUGGAACGUAACUCUUGAGUGCCAAUGCACUGCAGUGAGAACAAAGAGUCACAUAUCAAAUUCUUAACUUUUUGUUGUUUUUUUUAUUGCUGUCCUUGUUUAACAACACUAAUGUGUUCUUAACAUUUACAGUUUAACUUUGGCAACACAGGUGAUCCCUUUUCCUGUGGACAAACACCUUUUAACAAUGUUAUUGUCCUCAUGUUACAGUAGUCGUAUUUUUCUGGCUCUGAUGUUUUUCACAUAGUGAUCCAUCCACGCCUUAAAGAGGAGUGGCCGUACUUUAAGCUUAAAGGAAAAACAAAUUUAAACUGCGCUGCAGGUAAGGAUCAUUGUCAAACAUGAACCCUUAAUAGAAAGGAAAGUAGAUCAGUCAGUGCAGAACACUUUUCAAGAAGAUUCCUCGAGACGAUUUUCAUUUCAACUAAAAUAAUCGAAUGAAAAGCACCGACCAGUUUCUUUUGGCAGAUUCUAGUUUCUGUAAACCUUUUUAAGAACUGAAACUGAGUCAUAUUUUUUCUUUUUAAACUGUCCCUUAGAGCUAACUCUAUACUGAUGGACAGGAAAGGGCAACAUAUCCUUUGAUCUAAAUUAUAACCAGUUGUUUGGAUCCCUCUAACCGAUCUCAGAUAUCCAUAAAAGUGUCCAUGGUUGUCCACCUGUUUAAAUUUCUUAAUGAAAAAAUAAAUUAAAUCGGUUAGAAAUAUCUAUCUCCAGCUUUCCAGUUAUAAUUGCUCAUUAUUUGUUUUAAUUAGCACUGAAGCGAUAUCACCCUGUUUGUGGGAGAGAGCAGUGGCUGUAAAAACUUUAUUUUACCCUAUUAGAGCAAAAAACAACAACCUUAGAGUAAAAUUUUUUUUUUUUUUUAAAAGACACACUGUGGACUUCGUGACCCAAAUAGUUGAUGCAUAUGAGUUAUUUUAAAUGAUUCCUUUUGCCAAUAUACAGAGCUUGACACUAUCAAUGCUACAAGCAGGGAUCCCCUCUUAAAAUACAGACUAUGUAAGUUGGGAGAUGAUGCACCCUCCUUGGCCAGGUCACGUGACCUGGAAGAACAUACUGCUUUAUGGCCACAGGCUCUUAUAUCAUCAUAGAGAUAAGGCUUUUUCUCUACAAUUUCCCGCCUACUUGACUACUGGUCAUGGCUGAGGCCAGGAAAAAGUUUAAACCUUCUCAGGAGGCUAAAAACAGAAAUCGUGAAAGGGAUCGUUCCUGAGAACAAACAAGAGUCGAUCGUGGAAAGGAGUUUAUUCACUGGCACAGGCUGAAAGAAGAAGCCAGAUAUAAAACCGAUUCUCAUUUCUAAACUUUAUUAUUAGACCUGAAUGUUUAGAUGUUUAGUAGAAGCUAAAUACGGGAUGUUACGGGUCUAGCACCCCUGGUGAACAAAAGUUACACGGUGUGCCUCUAAAAAAAGCCCUGCAGUGUUUUAAGACCCCAAGCAGAGGUAGCUGGUAGUAUUUCUGGUAACAUUUUGUGUCAUUUUAUUUUUUUUUUGUCCAUGGACAACUGCUUGUUUUAAGACCUUUUCUGCGUUUUUAUAAAAUGUAUUGAUUUCCCCCAAAUGAGAGCAAAAUAAAAGAAUUAU